AUGUGCGUACUGCCUCCAUGUGCUUACUGCCUCCCAUGUGCUUACUGCCUCCCAUGGCUUACUGCCUCCCAUGUGCUUACUGCCUCCCAUGUGCUUACUGCCUCCCAUGUGCUUACUGCCUCCCAUGUGCUUACUGCCUCCCAUGUGCUUACUGCCUCCCAUGUGCUUCCUGCCUCCCAUGUGGCUUACUGCCUCCGCAUGUGCUUACUGCCUCCCAUGUGCUUACUCCUCCCAUGUGCUUACUGCCUCCCAUGUGCUUACUGCCUCCCAUGUGCUUACUGCCUCCCAUGUGCUUACUGCCUCCAUGUGCUUACUGCCUCCCAUGUGCUUAGCCUCCAUGCCUCCCAUGUGCUUACUGCCUCCCAUGUGCUUACUGCCUCCCAUGUGCUUACUGCCUCCCAUGUGCUUACUGCCUCCCAUGUGCUUACUGCCUCCCAUGUGCUUACUGCCUCCCAUGUGCUUACUGCCUCCCAUGUGCUUACCUGCCUCCCAUGUGCUUACUGCCUACCCAUGUGCUUACUGCCUCCCAUGUGCUUACUGCCUCCCAUGUGCUUACUGCCUCCCAUGUGCUUACUGCCUCCAUGUGCUUACUGCCUCCCAUGUGCCUUACUGCCUCCCAUGUGCUUACUGCCUCCCAUGUGCUUACUGCCUCCCAUGUGCUUACUGCCUCCCAUGUGCUUACUGCCUCCCAUGUGCUUACUGCCUCCCAUGUGCUUACUGCCUCCCAUGUGCUUACUGCCUCCCAUGUGCUUACUGCCUCCCAUGUGCUUACUGCCUCCAUGUGCUUACUGCCUCCAUGUGCUUACUGCCUCCAAUGUGCUUACUGCCUCCCAUGUGCUUACUGCCUCCCAUGUGCUUACUGCCUCCCAUGUGCUUACUGCCUCCCAUGUGCUUACUGCCUCCCAUGUGCUUACUUGCCUCCCAUGUGCUUACUGCCUCCCAUGUGCUUACUUCUGCCUCCCAUGUGCUUACUGCCUCCCAUGUCUUACUGCCUCCCAUGUGCUUACCUCUGCCUCCAUGUGCUUCCUACUAGCUCUACUCCAUGUGCUUACUGCCUCCCAUGUGCUUACUGCCUCCCAUGUGCUUACUGCCUCCCAUGUGCUUACUGCCUCCCAUGUGCUUACUGCCUCCCAUGUGCUUACUGCCUCCCAUGUGCUUACUGCCUCCCAUGUGCUUACUGCCUCCCAUGUGCUUACUGCCUCCCAUGUGCUUACUGCCUCCCAUGUGCUUACUGCCUCCCAUGUGCUUACUGCCUCCCAUGUGCUUACUGCCUCCCAUGUGCUUACUGCCUCCCAUGUGCUUACUGCUCCCUGUGCUUACUGCCUCCAUGUGCUUACUGCCUCCCAUGUGCUUACUGCCUCCCAUGUGCUUACUGCCUCCCAUGUGCUUACUGCCUCCCAUGUGCUUACUGCCUCCCAUGUGCUUACUGCCUCCCAUGUGCUUACUGCCUCCCAUGUGCUUACUGCCUCCCAUGUGCUUACUGCUCCCAUGUGCUUACUGCCUCCCAUGUGCUUACUGCCUCCCAUGUGCUUACUGCCUCCCAUGUGCUUACUGCCUCCCAGUGGCCUCCCAUGGCUUACUGCCUCCCAUGUGCUUACUGCCUACUCUGCCUCCCAUGUGCUUACUGCCUCCCAUGUGCUUACUGCCUCCCAUGUGCUUACUGCCUCCCAUGUGCUUACUGCCUCCCAUGUGCUUACUGCCUCCCAUGUGCUUACUGCCUCCCAUGUGCUUACUGCCUCCCAUGUGCUUACUGCCUCCCAUGUGCUUACUGCCUCCCAUGUGCUUACUGCCUCCCAUGUGCUUACUGCCUCCCAUGUGCUUACUGCCUCCCAUGUGCUUACUGCCUCCCAUGUGCUUACUGCCUCCCAUGUGCUUACUGCCUCCCAUGUGCUUACUGCCUCCCAUGUGCUUACUGCCUCCCAUGUGCUUACUGCCUCCCAUGUGCUUACUGCCUCCCAUGUGCUUACUGCCUCCCAUGUGCUUACUGCCUCCCAUGUGCUUACUGCCUCCCAUGUGCUUACUGCCUCCCAUGUGCUUACUGCCUCCCAUGUGCUUACUGCCUCCCAUGUGCUUACUGCCUCCCAUGUGCUUACUGCCUCCCAUGUGCUUACUGCCUCCCAUGUGCUUACUGCCUCCCAUGUGCUUUACUGCCUCCCAUGUGCUACUGCCUCCUCAUGUGCUUACUGCCUCCCAUGUGCUUACUGCCUCCAAUGUGCUUACUGCCUCCCAUGUGCUUACUGCCUCCCAUGUGCUUACUGCCUCCCAUGUGCUUACUGCCUCCAUGUGCUUACUGCCUCCCAUGUGCUACUGACUACCAUGGCUACUGCCUCCCAUGUGCUUACUGCCUCCCAUGUGCUUACUGCCUCCCAUGUUGCUUACUGCCUCCCAUGUGCUUACUGCCUCCCAUGUGCUACUGCCCUCCCAUGUGCUUACUGCCUCCCAUGUGCUUACGCUCCAUAUACUGCCUCCCAUGUGCUUACUGCCUCCCAUGUGCUUACUGCCUCCCAUGUGCUUACUGCCUCCCAUGUGCUUACUGCCUCCCAUGUGCUUACUGCCUCCCAUGUGCUUACUGCCUCCCAUGUGCUUACUGCCUCCCAUGUGCUUACUGCCUCCCAUGUGCUUACUGCCUCCCAUGUGCUUACUUGCCUCCCAUGUGCUUACUGCCUCCCAUGUGCUUACUGCCUCCCAUGUGCUUACUGCCUCCCAUGUGCUUACUGCCUCCCAUGUGCUUACUGCCUCCCAUGUGCUUACUGCCUCCCAUGUGCUUACUGCCUCCCAUGUGCUUACUGCCUCCCAUGUGCUUACUGCCUCCCAUGUGCUUACUGCCUCCCAUGUGCUUACUGCCUCCCAUGUGCUUACUGCCUCCCAUGUGCUUACUGCCUCCCAUGUGCUUACUGCCUCCCAUGUGCUUACUGCCUCCCAUGUGCUUACUGCCUCCCAUGUGCUUACUGCCUCCCAUGUGCUUACUGCCUCCCAUGUGCUUACUGCCUCCCAUGUGCUUACUGCCUCCCAUGUGCUUACUGCCUCCCAUGUGCUUACUGCCUCCCAUGUGCUUACUGCCUCCCAUGUGCUUACUGCCUCCCAUGUGCUUACUGCCUCCCAUGUGCUUACUGCCUCCCAUGUGCUUACUGCCUCCCAUGUGCUUACUGCCUCCCAUGUGCUUACUGCCUCCCAUGUGCUUACUGCCUCCCAUGUGCUUACUGCCUCCCAUGUGCUUACUGCCUCCCAUGUGCUUACUGCCUCCCAUGUGCUUACUGCCUCCCAUGUGCUUACUGCCUCCCAUGUGCUUACUGCCUCCCAUGUGCUUACUGCCUCCCAUGUGCUUACUGCCUCCCAUGUGCUUACUGCCUCCCAUGUGCUUACUGCCUCCCAUGUGCUUACUGCCUCCCAUGUGCUUACUGCCUCCCAUGUGCUUACUGCCUCCCAUGUGCUUACUGCCUCCCAUGUGCUUACUGCCUCCCAUGUGCUUACUGCCUCCCAUGUGCUUACUGCCUCCCAUGUGCUUACUGCCUCCCAUGUGCUUACUGCCUCCCAUGUGCUUACUGCCUCCCAUGUGCUUACUGCCUCCCAUGUGCUUACUGCCUCCCAUGUGCUUACUGCCUCCCAUGUGCUUACUGCCUCCCAUGUGCUUACUGCCUCCCAUGUGCUUACUGCCUCCCAUGUGCUUACUGCCUCCCAUGUGCUUACUGCCUCCCAUGUGCUUACUGCCUCCCAUGUGCUUACUGCCUCCCAUGUGCUUACUGCCUCCCAUGUGCUUACUGCCUCCCAUGUGCUUACUGCCUCCCAUGUGCUUACUGCCUCCCAUGUGCUUACUGCCUCCCAUGUGCUUACUGCCUCCCAUGUGCUUACUGCCUCCCAUGUGCUUACUGCCUCCCAUUGUGCUUACUGCCUCCCAUGUGCUUACUGCCUCCCAUGUGCUUACUGCCUCCCAUGUGCUUACUGCCUCCCAUGUGCUUACUGCCUCCCAUGUGCUUACUGCCUCCCAUGUGCUUACUGCCUCCCAUGUGCUUACUGCCUCCCAUGUGCUUACUGCCUCCCAUGUGCUUACUGCCUCCCAUGUGCUUACUGCCUCCCAUGUGCUUACUGCCUCCCAUGUGCUUACUGCCUCCCAUGUGCUUACUGCCUCCCAUGUGCUUACUGCCUCCAUGUGCUUACUGCCUCCCAUGUGCUUACUGCCUCCCAUGUGCUUACUGCCUCCCAUGUGCUUACUGCCUCCCAUGUGCUUACUGCCUCCCAUGUGCUUACUGCCUCCCAUGUGCUUACUGCCUCCCAUGUGCUUACUGCCUCCCAUGUGCUUACUGCCUCCCAUGUGCUUACUGCCUCCCGAUGUGCUUACUGCUCCCAUGUGCUUACUGCCUCCCAUGUGCUUACUGCCUCCCAUGUGCUUACUGCCUCCCAUGUGCUUACUGCUCCCAUGUGCUUACUGCCUCCCAUGUGCUUACUGCCUCCCAUGUGCUUACUGCCUCCCAUGUGCUUACUGCCUCCCAUGUGCUUACUGCCUCCCAUGUGCUUACUGCCUCCCAUGUGCUUACUGCCUCCCAUGUGCUUACUGCCUCCCAUGUGCUUACUGCCUCCCAUGUGCUUACUGCCUCCCAUGUGCUUACUGCCUCCCAUGUGCUUACUGCCUCCCAUGUGCUUACUGCCUCCCAUGUGCUUACUGCCUCCCAUGUGCUUACUGCCUCCCAUGUGCUUACUGCCUCCCAUGUGCUUACUGCCUCCCAUGUGCUUACUGCCUCCCAUGUGCUUACUGCCUCCCAUGUGCUUACUGCCUCCCAUGUGCUUACUGCCUCCCAUGUGCUUACUGCCUCCCAUGUGCUUACUGCCUCCCAUGUGCUUACUGCCUCCCAUGUGCUUACUGCCUCCCAUGUGCUUACUGCCUCCCAUGUGCUUACUGCCUCCCAUGUGCUUACUGCCUCCCAUGUGCUUACUGCCUCCCAUGUGCUUACUGCCUCCCAUGUGCUUACUGCCUCCCAUGUGCUUACUGCCUCCCAUGUGCUUACUGCCUCCCAUGUGCUUACUGCCUCCCAUGUGCUUACUGCCUCCCAUGUGGCUUACUGCCUCCCAUGUGCUUACUGCCUCCCAUGUGCUUACUGCCUCCCAUGGUGCUUACUGCCUCCCAUGUGGCUUACUGCCUCCCAUGUGCUUACUGCCUCCCAUGUGCUUACUGCCUCCCAUGUGCUUACUGCCUCCCAUGUGCUUACUGCCUCCCAUGUGCUUACUGCCUCCCAUGUGCUUACUGCCUCCCAUGUGCUUACUGCCUCCCAUGUUGCUUACUGCCUCCCAUGUGCUUACUGCCUCCCAUGUGCUUACUGCCUCCCAUGUGCUUACUGCCUCCCAUGUGCUUACUGCCUCCCAUGUGCUUACUGCCUCCCAUGUGCUUACUGCCUCCCAUGUGCUUACUGCCUCCCAUGUGCUUACUGCCUCCCAUGUGCUUACUGCCUCCCAUGUGCUUACUGCCUCCCAUGUGCUUACUGCCUCCCAUGUGCUUACUGCCUCCCAUGUGCUUACUGCCUCCCAUGUGCUUACUGCCUCCCAUGUGCUUACUGCCUCCCAUGUGCUUACUGCCUCCCAUGUGCUUACUGCCUCCCAUGUGCUUACUGCCUCCCAUGUGCUUACUGCCUCCCAUGUGCUUACUGCCUCCCAUGUGCUUACUGCCUCCCAUGUGCUUACUGCCUCCCAUGUGCUUACUGCCUCCCAUGUGCUUACUGCCUCCCAUGUGCUUACUGCCUCCCAUGUGCUUACUGCCUCCCAUGUGCUUACUGCCUCCCAUGUGCUUACUGCCUCCCAUGUGCUUACUGCCUCCCAUGUGCUUACUGCCUCCCAUGUGCUUACUGCCUCCCAUGUGCUUACUGCCUCCCAUGUGCUUACUGCCUCCCAUGUGCUUACUGCCUCCCAUGUGCUUACUGCCUCCCAUGUGCUUACUGCCUCCCAUGUGCUUACUGCCUCCCAUGUGCUUACUGCCUCCCAUGUGCUUACUGCCUCCCAUGUGCUUACUGCCUCCCAUGUGCUUACUGCCUCCCAUGUGCUUACUGCCUCCCAUGUGCUUACUGCCUCCCAUGUGCUUACUGCCUCCCAUGUGCUUACUGCCUCCCAUGUGCUUACUGCCUCCCAUGUGCUUACUGCCUCCCAUGUGCUUACUGCCUCCCAUGUGCUUACUGCCUCCCAUGUGCUUACUGCCUCCCAUGUGCUUACUGCCUCCCAUGUGCUUACUGCCUCCCAUGUGCUUACUGCCUCCCAUGUGCUUACUGCCUCCCAUGUGCUUACUGCCUCCCAUGUGCUUACUGCCUCCCAUGUGCUUACUGCCUCCCAUGUGCUUACUGCCUCCCAUGUGCUUACUGCCUCCCAUGUGCUUACUGCCUCCCAUGUGCUUACUGCCUCCCAUGUGCUUACUGCCUCCCAUGUGCUUACUGCCUCCCAUGUGCUUACUGCCUCCCAUGUGCUUACUGCCUCCCAUGUGCUUACUGCCUCCCAUGUGCUUACUGCCUCCCAUGUGCUUACUGCCUCCCAUGUGCUUACUGCCUCCCAUGUGCUUACUGCCUCCCAUGUGCUUACUGCCUCCCAUGUGCUUACUGCCUCCCAUGUGCUUACUGCCUCCCAUGUGCUUACUGCCUCCCAUGUGCUUACUGCCUCCCAUGUGCUUACUGCCUCCCAUGUGCUUACUGCCUCCCAUGUGCUUACUGCCUCCCAUGUGCUUACUGCCUCCCAUGUGCUUACUGCCUCCCAUGUGCUUACUGCCUCCCAUGUGCUUACUGCCUCCCAUGUGCUUACUGCCUCCCAUGUGCUUACUGCCUCCCAUGUGCUUACUGCCUCCCAUGUGCUUACUGCCUCCCAUGUGCUUACUGCCUCCCAUGUGCUUACUGCCUCCCAUGUGCUUACUGCCUCCCAUGUGCUUACUGCCUCCCAUGUGCUUACUGCCUCCCAUGUGCUUACUGCCUCCCAUGUGCUUACUGCCUCCCAUGUGCUUACUGCCUCCCAUGUGCUUACUGCCUCCCAUGUGCUUACUGCCUCCCAUGUGCUUACUGCCUCCCAUGUGCUUACUGCCUCCCAUGUGCUUACUGCCUCCCAUGUGCUUACUGCCUCCCAUGUGCUUACUGCCUCCCAUGUGCUUACUGCCUCCCAUGUGCUUACUGCCUCCCAUGUGCUUACUGCCUCCCAUGUGCUUACUGCCUCCCAUGUGCGUUCUCCUUACCCCUUUCCAUGCUUUUCUCUCAUAUAUUCGGCUUGAAUUGGGGUGACUUCAUAUUCUUUGCCAAUUGGGCGCUUGUUGUUGCCAGCUCUAAAGCCAUCUACCAGCUCACGGCAGGAAUCCCCAAGGGCACCAUCACCCACCGCAUUGUGGCACUUCUUCAUACCCUCUAUAGCAUCUUCGUCUCUACCUACAUGGCCAGCGCCUUCUGCACGGAGAGCGCAACGCUGACGGGAAAAGCAGAGACGGCGGGGAACGGAGGAUCAGAAGGAGAAGGAAUCGACGGUGAAGGCGGGAGAGUGUGGGAGAACGUGGCAAAGGCUUCUACGCGGCGGUUCGGGCAGAACGAAGGUGAAGGCGAGGAGGUGCGCGUGGUGCUGUAUCGCGACGACGCCGCGUGGUGCCCCUUCUGCCAGCGCGUGUGGCUGCAGCUCGAGGAGAAGCGCAUUCCGUACCGGGUUGAGAAAAUAAACCUCAAGUGCUACGGGCCAAAGCCUGAUUGGUUCUUGGAGCUCGUGCCCAAUGGCAUGCUGCCAGCUGUCCAGCUAGACGGGCGAGUGAUCACAGAGUCCGUGACUAUAAUGAAGGAGAUCGAAGCCGCCUUCCCAAGUCACUCGCCGCUCCUCCCCCCUCCCUCUGAUGCGCACGCAGCAGAGGCAGCAGAGCAGAUGAUGGGUCUGGAGAGGGGGUUGACUGGGGCGUGGCUCAAGUGGACCAAGGGAAAGGAUGCCAUGCGCUGGCUUGCCGGUGGUAGUGGGGCCGGAAGCAGCAGCAGUGGGGGUAGCAGCAGUGUGAGCAGUAGUGGCAGCAGUAGCAGUGGCGAGGGUGCAGGCGAUGAGGAGGAGGGGGAGGGGCGGAGGGAGUUUGAGGCGGCAAUGGAUGCCAUGGAAGAGGCUUUGGUGAAGAGCGGAGGGCCUUACUUCCUUGGGAAAGAGCAGUUCUCCCUUGUUGACGUGACCCACGCGCCUCUCCUGGAGCGAUUCGCUGCCAGUGCACCGUACUGGAAAGGCCUCACAGUGCGGAACAACCCUCGCUGGCCGGCCCUCUCCCGCUGGUACGACGCCAUGGAUGCUCGACCCGCCUACCUCCCUCUCAAGUCUGACGAUUUCUCCAUCACCCACUCCCUUGUCCCACAAAUUGGGCCGGUGAUCGCGAGCACCAAUCCAACGGCUGUGGCGCGCCGGGCUUUUAUUGAUGGAUGGGAUGGGACGGGUGCGUGGGAUCUGCCGCUGGGGGAGGAGGAGACGGCGUGGGGGAGGGAGGAUGGGACGGGGGGGGAGGGGCGGAGGGCGCAGAGAGAGGUGGUGCGGGCGAUUGUGGGGAAUCAUGACAGGCUAGUGGCCUUUUGCCUGUGUUCUUUGGGGGAUUCUGCACAUGUUUCAGCCGCUACGACUACUGGGGAUGCUGCUGGUGCCAUGGGUGCUGGUGCCGCUUCUAUGAGCAGCCAGACUCAUGCGGACCAAGCUGAGCCACAGCAGCAGGCCAUCACAGCGGAAUGCCUUGCGCCAGCUGUCAGCGAGGCGUUGCGCCACGUGGCGCAUGCACUGCUGGUCGGCACAGAAGCAGCAGGCCCAUUCCCUGCCGUGUCCCAGUCACUUCAGAUGAUAAGUGGUGGGAGCAGAAGUGAGGAUGUGAGGGCAGCAGGGGAAGAACGGUUGGUGAUGGCUCUUGCGUAUCUGAGGGAUAGAGUUGGGGUGCCAAGGGACUUGAGUUAUCCAGCUGCAAGGCAGCUCCGAGCUCACCUUCAGUGGGUCGUUCGGUCAUUAGGAUCCCCAAUGUAG